AUUCUGACUGUGCACAUCAUAAUCAUACAUUGUACAAUUUGAUGUGAUGUUACGAAAUAUACAAGUCAUAGUAACGUUUGAUGCAGUUAACUACAAUUGACUACAAUUUAAGUUAAAAAUUUUAUAAUUAUAUAUGAUCAAUUAUUAUCUUAAUAUUUACAUUUAUAAUACAUUGUUAAAUAUUGAUACAAAUCAUUUUCGAAAACAUAUAGGUUACGUAAAUUCAAAAGAGUUGUGCCGAUUUUUCCGUAUUCGUAUUCAGUUGUCCUUUUAAGGUUUAAGUGAAUAUAAAUUGUGAAUAUGAAUUGUUAAUCUUUAAAUCACAAUUAAAAAAUUGUGAAUCAAUAUAUAUAUAUAGUUAGUAAACUAAAAACUAGACUAUUUAUUAGACUAAAGAAUAUGGCAAUGAAAAUGAUUACAUCAUGACAAUUUAGAUAAAUGAGCGUGAAAAUACGCAAUACAUAUUUUCAAUUCCAAAAAGGAACAAAAAUACAUAAUAAUGUACAUGAUAAGAAAGAAUUAUUAUGAAAAUAAAAAACUAAAUAUACAAUAAAAGUUACAGUUACAUCAUAUUUUAAACAUAUUAUUUUCUUAAUAACAUGUAUGCCGUUUACGAUUAGAUUUUAGAGGUUUCUCUUAUUUUGUCAAAUUUUUCAUUUUUAGUUGUACUAAAAAUUUUUUUCUUUUCAAAGAAGUUGAACCGUUAUUUCAGAAUUAUGCGCAUGUAAUGUAAGAAAUGACGUAAUGCAUCUUGAUUGGGUAAAUAAGCCAAUGUUAAAAUGUGAAUCGGUCUCUAUUCCGGGCACAAUUUACAUUUGUUUGAGAAAGUGACUAGAUAGUUGUGUAUCAAUUAGUUUUAGGUAGAUAUAUAAGGCAAUAUAUAGUGUAAUUGUACAUUUCUUCAAUUGAACAUCUUCUAGUUGAAUACAAUCAUUUAUUGAAAUAGAGUGAUAUCUAUUGUUGAAGUGUACAACAUCUUAUCUUGUUCAAGAAACCUAUAAAAGGGUAUCGACAGUGUAAUCGGACUAUAUAACUGACGAAAAAACUUAUGUUUUUUUAUAAAAAAUCAUUAUGGAUCAAUUUUGCGGUACUAAGUUUUGGAACAAUAGCUUAACGUGGGAUACAGAUGAUCCAGACAUUACAGAAUGUUUUCAGAAAACUGUGUUAGUAUGGGUGCCAUGUGCAUUUCUGUGGCUAUUUUCUGGAAUAGAAAUUUAUUAUUUUUUAAAUAGUAAAAGCAAAAAUAUUCCAUACACAUGGUUAUUUAUUUCGAAACAAAUACUCAUAGUAGCAUUGAUUGUACUUAAUAUUGUUGACUUAGGAAGAGCUAUACAUAGAAGUACUUAUGAGAAAGUUUAUAAUGUUGAUUAUUGUACACCAGUUAUAAAAAUUAUUACGUUUAUUAAAGCAGGUACUUUAGUAAUAUAUAAUAAAAAAUAUGGAAUGCGAACUUCUGGACUAUUAUUUUUAUUUUGGUUUCUUUUUGCCUUAUGUGGAGCUGUUCAAUAUAGAAGUUUAUUAAGGUUAUAUAUAAAUAAUAGUGAAGUUACUUAUUCAUUUGUAUCAUAUAUGAUACAUUAUCCAAUAGUGAUACUUUUAUUGUUAUUGAACUUCUUAGUUGAUGCAGAACCUAAAUAUUCAAAAUAUCCAAAGGUUGAAAAGCCAUGUCCAGAACAAAGAUCUUCCUUUCCAGCAAAAAUUUUUUUUACUUGGUUUGAUUCAAUGGCAUGGAAAGGUUUUAAGACACCUCUAGAAACUACAGAUUUAUGGUCAAUAAAUCCAGAAGAUACAGCUAAAGAAAUUGUACCUACAUUUGAUAAAUAUUGGAAUAAAAGUUCAUCAAAAAAUAACAAUGUACAAAAUACUAAAGCAUCAUUCAGAAAAUCAUCUGGACAAGUAGAUUUUAAUAACGAAUAUAAAAAAAAAACAUUAUCAGUUUUACCUCCUCUUUGUAAAGCUUUUGGUGCCACAUUUUUAUUUGGAGCUGCACUUAAGUUUGUGCAAGAUAUUAUAACUUUUGCUAGUCCCCAAAUAUUGAAGUUGCUUAUCGAUUUUAUUGAUGGACAUCAAUCGCUAUGGAAAGGCUAUUUUUAUGCGGUUUUACUUUUACUUACAGCCGUAUUUCAAACAUUGGUUUUAUCACAGUAUUUUCAUCGUAUGUUCUUAGUUGGUUUACGAAUACGAACUGCUUUAAUUGCAGCAAUUUAUCGGAAAGCAUUGAGAAUAUCUAAUUCCGCUAGAAAAGAAUCAACAGUUGGUGAAAUAGUAAAUUUAAUGUCUGUAGAUGCACAAAGAUUUAUGGAUUUAACGGCAUAUAUAAAUAUGAUUUGGUCUGCACCAUUGCAAAUAAUCUUAGCAUUAUAUUUUUUAUGGGAUAUUUUGGGACCAGCUGUGCUUGCUGGAUUAGCUGUUCUACUUAUUCUCAUUCCAAUAAAUGUUUUAAUCACUAAUAGAGUUAAGACAUUACAAAUUAGACAAAUGAAACAUAAAGAUGAAAGAGUUAAAUUAAUGAAUGAAGUACUUAAUGGUAUAAAAGUAUUGAAACUAUAUGCAUGGGAACCUUCAUUUGAGGAACAAAUAUUGAAAAUACGUACAAAAGAAAUUAAAGUACUUAAAGAAACAGCGUAUCUCAAUUCUGGAACAAGUUUUAUCUGGUCUUUUGCACCUUUUUUAGUAUCACUGGUGUCCUUCGCAACUUAUGUACUUAUAGAUGAAAAUAAUUGUUUAACUAGCAAAGUUGCUUUUGUUUCACUCAGUCUUUUUAAUAUCUUAAGGUUUCCCCUUUCUAUAUUACCUAUGAUGAUUGGUAACAUGAUUCAGGGUCAAUUAAUAGCUGUUGUUGGUACUGUAGGAUCUGGGAAAAGUUCUCUUCUAUCAGCUCUUCUUGGAGAAAUGGAUAAAAUAAGUGGUAGAGUUAAUACAAAAGGUUCUAUAGCAUAUGUAUCUCAACAAGCAUGGAUUCAAAACGCCUCGUUACAAGAUAAUGUUUUAUUUGGAAAGUCAAUGCAUAAAAGUAUAUAUAAUCGUGUGAUUGAGUCAUGUGCAUUAAAUCCAGAUUUAAAAGUAUUGCCUGCGGGUGAUCAAACCGAAAUUGGAGAAAAAGGAAUAAAUUUAUCUGGUGGGCAAAAACAAAGAGUAUCCUUGGCAAGAGCAGUAUACAAUGAUUCUGAUAUUUAUUUUUUGGAUGAUCCAUUGAGUGCAGUAGACUCACAUGUUGGAAAACAUAUAUUUGAAAACGUAAUUGGUCCUAGCGGUCUGCUUAAGAAGAAAACUCGAAUACUCGUUACACAUGGUAUUACUUAUUUACCGGAAGUUGAUAACAUUAUUGUUCUCAAAGAUGGUGAAAUAACAGAAGUUGGAAGUUAUAAACAACUUCUAGAGAAAAGGGGAGCCUUUUCUGAAUUUUUAGUGCAACAUCUUCAGGAAGUACACGCUGAUGGGGAAUCAGAAGCAGAUCUACAUGAAAUUAAACAACACUUGGAAUCUACAAUAGGAUCGAAUGAACUGCAACAGAAAUUGACAAGAGGUAGAUCAAGACUGUCAGAAAGCCAAAGUGAGUCUAGUUCGAUAGCUGAUAGAAGAUCUCUAAAUGGUUCGUUAAAAAGACAGUAUUCCACAAGUAGUCAACAAUCUGGCACUUACGAAAGUAGCAAUAACAUGAAAGAAACGAAAUUAUUACCUCCAAAACUAGGAGAAAAAUUAAUAGAAGUGGAAAAAACUGAGACUGGAAGUGUUAAAUGGCGAAUUUAUUCUCACUACUUCAAAUCCAUUGGUUGGUUUUUAUCGAUAUUGACUAUUAUAAUGAACGCUGUUUUUCAAGGAUUUAGUAUUGGUUCAAAUGCUUGGCUCAGCGUAUGGUCAAACAGUAAUAAUAAUACAGUUAAUCAAGUUGAACAAAAUAUGUAUCUUGGAGUUUAUGCUGGACUUGGUCUUGGUCAAGGCGUGACAGUGCUUGGAGGAGCGUUAAUCUUGGCAAAAGGAUCAAUACGCGCUUCCGUGCAUCUCUUCGAGAGUACGUUGCAACAUGUUCUCCGGAACCCAAUGUCAUUCUUUGACAAAACUCCAACCGGUCGAAUUCUUAAUCGACUCUCUAAAGACACUGAUGUCAUUGAUAAUACGCUGCCAUCCAUACUGCGUUCUUGGAUUGCUUGCCUCUUUGGGGUCAUAGCCACUUUAGUGGUUAUAAGCGUUAGUACACCAGAAUUUGUAGCAGUUAUAGUACCAAUAAGUGUAAUUUAUUACUUUGUUCAACGUUUCUAUGUUGCAUCUUCAAGACAGUUGAAACGUUUAGAAUCUGUUUCGAGAUCUCCUAUAUAUUCACAUUUCAGUGAAACAGUUUCUGGAGCACAAAUGAUUAGAGCAUUUGGAGUGCAAGACCGAUUUAUUGAAGAAUCUGAAAGUAAAGUAGAUUUCAAUCAAAUGUGCUAUUACCCUAGUAUAAUUGCAAACAGGUGGUUGGCAGUACGUUUAGAAAUGGUAGGAAAUUUAAUUAUUUUCUUUGCUGCAUUAUUUGCUGUAUUAAGUAGAGACACUAUAAAAUCUGGUGUUGUUGGUCUUUCUGUCAGUUAUGCUUUACAAAUUACGCAAACACUGAAUUGGUUAGUACGAAUGACUUCUGACGUUGAAACUAACAUAGUAGCUGUAGAAAGAAUAAAAGAAUAUGGAGAAACUCCUCAAGAGGCAGCAUGGAAAAAUCCAAAUUAUACACCAUCUAAAGAGUGGCCUGUACAGGGGCGAGUAGAAUUUAAAGAUUACAAAGUUCGUUAUAGAGAAGGUUUAGACUUUGUUCUUCGUGGGUUAUCGUUUUCUGUUAAUGGAGGAGAAAAAAUUGGCAUCGUCGGUAGAACUGGUGCUGGAAAAUCAUCUUUAACAUUAGCUUUAUUUAGAAUAAUAGAAGCAGCCGAUGGAAAAAUCAUUAUCGAUGACAUUGAUAUUGCUAAAUUGGGACUUCACGAUCUAAGAUCUAGAUUAACUAUUAUUCCUCAAGAUCCUGUAUUAUUCUCAGGAAGUUUAAGAAUAAAUUUAGAUCCUUUUAAUUCUUAUUCUGACGAUGAAGUUUGGAGAGCUUUGGAACAUGCACAUCUUAAAUCCUUUAUAAAAACUUUGCCAAAUGGUCUUUUAUAUGAAUUAUCAGAAGGCGGAGAAAAUUUAAGUAUAGGUCAACGACAAUUAAUAUGUUUAGCAAGAGCAUUGCUUCGAAAAACAAAAGUAUUAAUUCUCGAUGAAGCAACAGCUUCAGUUGAUUUGGAAACUGAUGAUUUAAUUCAAACAACAAUUAGACAAGAGUUUAAAGAUUGCACAAUUCUUACAAUAGCUCAUAGACUUAAUACAAUUCUUGAUUCAGACAGGGUCAUUGUCCUGGAUAAUGGACGCAUUGUGGAAUAUGAUUCUCCAGAGUCAUUACUACAUAAUUCAACUAGUUUGUUCAAUAGUAUAGCUAAAGAUGCAGGCCUUGUUACAUAAAUAAAAUGCAUAUCGUAAAUAUAAUACAAGCAGUGAAACAAUGAUAAUUUUUAAUCUAUAAAUAUAUACUAACAGAAGAAAUAUAGCAAUUUGUUUAUAUAGAAAAAGGCGAAAUAUGCUUAGUCUUAAAAGAAUCGAAAAUUUUGUAGAGCAACAUUUUUCAGUCAAAUCUUACACCAUUUUUAAAUAAUGUCAAGUAUAGCCCAUUUGUAAAAUAGUACGGAUGUCCGUUACUUAAAGUACUGCCAUUUUAGCAAUAUACCUUGUGCUGAGCAGCAACAAUUUUUAAAUGUGUGUACAUAUAUAUAUUGUUUUAAUUUAGCUUUAGUAAGCUUGCAUUGCAAGCUUACACAACAUUUAAUUUUACACAAUUUAAAUAAUGUACAAAAUACAACAGUAUUGUUCAGUUAUUUUCAUUAAAAUUUAUUAUACUCGCAUUAUACUACUUUUGUUUUACAUCACAAGAAUUAAAUAUAAACAUGUAGCAUUAUUUACGUUUACUGUUGAUUCGUCCUUGUUAUUACUUAACUCUGUACUGUUCGACGAAUAUGAUGCAUCUCCAAGCUGUGUAAAUAGUAUCCUCUAAUAUUUAUGAAUUGAAAAGAAAAUAAAAGAUUACAAUUUUAUAUAAUAAAUGAAGAUUUUGUAUUUAUUGUUUAAUAUUAAUUCUUCAAAUAUUAUAAAUUGUUUACAUUAUAUAUGUAUAUAUAUAUUGUAUACCAACUGAAUAGAUAAUAGAUUUCACUAAUGCAAUGCAAUGCGAAACAAUAUAGUAAAGAAUAAUUAAAUUUUGUUUGUAAUUUGUCGUACUUUAUAAAUAUUUAAAACAUUGUACUCGAUAAAAAUUGUAUUUUAAAUGUUAUAUUUCAUUAUUUUUAACUACUUUUAAUAAUUUUAAUAAUUAUUUCAAAUAAAUACUUAUCUGAAUACAAUUGGUAUAGCAUUAAAUAAAAUAUCAUAAGAAAAUUCAUAUAUAUAUAUAUAUUCAUACAUACAUACGUGUGUUGUGUGUGUUAAUUUGUACUUUAAAUUGUCUUUAAAUCUAUGUUACGUUGUAUAUUAAUUUUCAUAGCACAUUUGUAAAACAAUUCGUUACUUAAUUCAGAAGUAUUAUUAUUUUAUCUUCUGAUUACAUAAACUCAAAUAUUUUAAUAAAAUAAUUCAAUUCAUAAUUCAAUUUAGUAAUACCAUAAUUGAAAAUAAAUACCAAUAUUUAUUUUCAAAAAUCAAUUAAAAUAAUAUAUCAGUAAAUCGAAAUCAGUAAAUUGUAUAAAAAUGAAAUAACUUUUAUUUGUUUUUUCCCUUUUAUUAAUUUUCUUCAUAAAUAUAAUAUUUAUUGCCGGUAAUUAUGACAAAAUGAAAUGUUCGUUGACCACACUGAUUUAUUAGAAACAAUAAUUAUAAUUUUGUCUAAGAUUCGUCUAACAAUUUUUAACAUAUUCAUCAUAUAAAUGUGUUUAGAAUUCGCUAUUUUUUGUAAAACUGUUUGACAAAACUUAAUACAUACAUAGGUAACAGCAAACAAAAUAUUUGAUGCCAGACUUGAUGCCAAACUAUGAUGUAUAUGUACAAAAUAUAUUUUUUAUUUAAAUUAUUCAAAAUAUGCAAUCUGUAAUCCAGAUUAUUUCAUGUAUAUGUAUGUGUAGAUAUAUGUAUAAACAAUUUAUAGUUAAAAACAUUUUUAAAUAUUUAAAUAAAUUUCAUAUUUGUUUGAUUUGAUAUAGAAUGAUAACGAUUGUUACAAAAGAUUGAACGAAACAAAAAUACAAGUUUAAAUCAUGAUAACAAUUGUUUGUUAAAAAGAGCACAUAUUCAUAUCAUUUUUUACAACUGUAUUAAAUUUUUUCUGAUAUUUUGCCAACUGCAAUAAACAAUGAUAUUCUUAUUGAAGUACAUCAAUGUCUUUGCGAGGCUUUUCAAUUGGCUAGAUCUUAAAACCAAAAGAAUAUAUACAUACACACGUAGUUAUAUCAAAGUCACAAAGGCAUUAAUGCAUACAGAUAUAUCCUUUGGUACUAAUAAAUUUAUUAAUUUAAGAUAAAGUUUGAAUAAUAUAUUUAAUGCUAACAUUAUGUACCAGACAUUACUCAUUCUUUUUAUUUAUUUCAUUUUUUGGACGAUUUUUGAUAGAUUCUUGUUUUUUACCUUUAGUUUUUUUAGCUUCCAUUUCGCCAGAGAAACCAAAUUCAUUUACUCUUGUAUGAUCAGUUUUGUAUAUCCAUCUUUGGUAUAAAAAUAUAAAGAAAAUAAUAUCAUCGCGGAAGCAACCAAUUCUAUAUAGUGUUGGCAUUUUUAUAACAAAUGCAAAAAUAUCAUCAAUAAACGUAUUUAAAAAUUUGUAAGACAUCAUACGCCACGGAAGAUGUGCCACACUUUUUAAUUUAUAAUUAAUAAAUAGUUGUGGUGUCAUCAUAAUAAAUCCAAACGUUAAUAAAAAUCCAUAAAGCAUACUAAGAACCCAAGAGUACCAUCCUUUAUGUUCUAAAUACAUCAACGAAUAAAUUGCAUAUCCUCCUAAAAGAGGAUAAAGUGUCCAUGAUAAAUACUUAAAAGCAAGUCUAUCAUAUUCUUUUGUGGAAGAUUCUACAUAUGAUCCUUUAUCAUGGAAACUUAUUUUUGGGAAGAUACCAAGUAUUUUUAAAUUUCUAUCAACAGUAAUAUUCACGACCUUAUUGAUUUUCCAUACUUCUAUGCAUAAACCUAUUGCACAACUAAUCCGAACUACUGUGUUUGUUUCAUUAUCAAGAACAUACAAUAAAACAAUCAAUGACUGAAAAACAUUGAAAAAUACAGAUCGAACUGACAGUCCUUCCAAUGAAUUACGGUUAUUCCAGAAUUGUAUAUCAUUUUUAAAUGCUAAAAAUUCAAAUACACUGUGUAAUACUGAUACAAUUAUAGUCAGACCUAAGAGGUAAGGAUUAGUUUCCAAUAAUGCUUCUUUCAAAGUAUCUUGAUCAUUAUCAUCUUCAUCUAUUGAAUCUCCUAUAAGUGAUGAUGUCCAUUUAUUUUUCAUUGUUUGAGCUGCAUAAAUCUGCCACUUAAAUAAUGAAAGCGGCUGAUAAAUUAAUUUAAGUUCAAGCUCUUUUAUAGUAUCAUUUAAUGGUUGAUAGUCUCUUUGCAUAUUCCAAAAAUCAUUCAUAUAUAUUACGGGCUUAUAGAAUUUCUCACCAGGUAGAAAGUGGAUAUGUAUCUAAAGGUGAAGCUACUUGACCAUACACCCAAUUAGUAUGAUCUGUUACUAAAUUAAUAGUUAAAUUUGGAUGCCAAUGUGAUAAAUAUUCUUGAUUCAUUAAUUCAGCUUUCUACAUUUCUUCUUUAGUUGCAGUAGUUUCACCAGUUAAGAGAUUGUGUUUUUUCUGAUAUCUAACUUUUUUGAAUUUAUUUAACAUUUUUCUAGUGUAUGACAUAUAAUCUCCUGCGUAAUUAUUUUUUCCAACUUUGGGAUUUGGAGACUUUCCACUUUUAGCAACAUAUACAUGAAGGUAUAUGGAUCCAUUAUUUUUUAAUUGAUCCGAUGGAACAAAUUUAUAAUUUUUAAUCUUUGAUCCAUCUUUAAAUGGUCCACUGUACCAAUCUCCAUAUAUUAAUCCUUGUUCUAACCAUACUAAAGUUCUUGGAUCAUCAAAUUGCCUAAAAUCCUCUGAUUCUGAUAAAUAAACAUGCAUAUCAAAUAAUGUCCCAUUCUCAAAUAUAUUUACAGCUUGCGAAUGUGCUGGAUUUAUAACACCAGGAAAUUGGGAAUUGUUAAUUUGAAGUCGUCUGAAUAGAUGACUGAUACAAUAAAUGAUGAGAGCACGUAUAAUUAACGAUUUUGUUAUUGCAAAAAAUGAUUCUAGACGUGAUGGUUGAUAUUUUUUCCUUUGUCUGUCAAUUUCUGCGUUUACAUUUCUUCCCUCAUUGUUCUCUGCAGAAAUUAACUCUCCAUUCUGUCGAUUGUUAUCCAUAUUUUUUUUAAUGCUUAAUUCCUUACGAUCGUGAUUAUCAUUUUCAGCACCCACCAUUUUUGUGUUCAGAUUGUUUCCCAUGUAACUUCUUUGCAUUUCCAGAGGGAGUUGCAUGUACCGGAUAUCAAUAUAUUUCAUAGAUCACGUGCUUCAUGACACUGAACUUGAAUUUUUCAUAUCUAAUCAAAUUGAUUUUCAAUUUUUUCCCGACGUUUAAAUAUCUUUUAAUAAAUUAUUACUAUUGAGUUCCGCAUCUGUUUAGUGACAUCUAACCAAAAGGGUGAAUAGUUAAUCAAGAUUGAGUGGAAAAAAAUCACAUGUUUUGGCGGGAAUAAUGUGACAUCUUAGAACAGGUUAGAUGCAACCUAUUAUCAGUUGUUGUAUUAAAAAUUUUUUGUUACAUUAUUGCGUUGUAUCUUUGAGUUGAGACCAUGUGGUGCACAACGCCUGAAAUUUCAUGGCAUAAUCGUGAUCCAGUUUUAAGUAUUGACAUACAAACUGGAAUUCAUGAAACGCCAGAGAAUGAAAUUUUUUGGCGACUUGCCACUGGCGGUGCCGACUCGCACGUCUUGAUAUGGCAUUUAACAACGAAUGAAAGCAGGGCUGCUACUGUAAAGUGUGUAGCCGAUUUAGAACGACAUCAUAGAGCAAUUAAUGUUGUGCGAUUUUCACCAUCGAAAGAUAUUUUGGCAUCAGGAGAUGAUGAGUCGAUUAUAAUUUUAUGGAAACAAAAGGAAGAUUGUGAAUUCUUUGUUAAUCCUAAUGAAACUAAAGAUAAAGAACAAUGGAUUUCCUACAAAGUAUUAAAAGGCCACCUUGAGGAUGUUUAUGAUAUCAGUUGGUCACCAGAUUCUAAUAUGUUGGUCUCUGGAUCUGUGGAUAAUACAGCUAUUUUAUGGGAUGUUCAACAAGGUCGUUCUGUAUCCAUAUUAUCUGAUCAUAAAGGUUUUGUACAAGGAGUAUCAUGGGAUCCUUGUAAUCAAUAUAUAUCUACAAUAAGUACAGACAGAAUAUGCCGUUUAAUUGACAUAAAUACUAAGAAAACAGUCCAAAAGAUUUAUAAGGCAAAAAUUCCAACACCAGCAGAUCAUCCAAUAAAAGAUAAAGCAGUACGCUUGUUUUAUGAUGAUACUUUUAAAUCAUUCUUUAGAAGAUUAACAUUUUCUAUAGAUGGAUUAUUACUUAUUGUACCUUCUGGUAUAAUUGAGCCUUCGGAAACUACUGAAAGAAUAUCUAAUACAACUUUAGUGUUCUCAAGAUACAAUUUAAGAGAACCUGUUAUGCUUUUACCUUCUUUGGAUGAAUGCACUAUUGCAGUUCGAUGUUGUCCAAUUUAUUUUGAAUUACUAAAGGAUGGCCCGACACCAGCAAUAGCAUUACCUUAUAGAAUGAUAUUUGCUAUUGCAACUCAACACUCAGUAAUGAUUUAUGACACUCAACAAAUUUCACCAAUUGCUGUGAUAUCAAAUAUUCAUUAUACUAGAUUAACUGAUGUUGCAUGGUCAAGUGAUGGUAGAAUAUUAAUAGCUUCUUCAACAGAUGGAUAUUGUUCUAUAAUACAAUUUCAAAAAGGUGAAUUAGGUGAAGAAUAUAAAAAAGGUACCCCAACAAAUUCUAAUACUAUUCAUAAUGAUUCUAAACAACCUACAUCUAGUUCAAGUGCUAAAGAUAUAUCUGAAAAAUCUGUACCAACUAUUGACAUAGAUGAUAGUGCUAUGGAUAUUGAAAUUAUAAAAUCAGAAGAAAAAGAAAUUCUUAAUGAAAAUCCAGAAUGUGCCUUAAAUCAAGAUAAUAAAUUAGAUAACACACUUGACAAGGAAAAUGAUUUAAAAAAUAAGGAACCAGAAGAUACUGAAGAUAUUAAAUUAGUUUAUACUGAAGAAAGUAUUACUGAAUCUACUAAAGCAAAUAUAAGACAUACGCCUAAAAAGGAAGAAGUACCAUUAAUAAUUCCUAGAAAACCUCGAAGAGUACAACUAAUUACACUUUCUAGUCCAAAGGGAUUUAAAAAAGAGUAACUUUAAGUCUGAAACAUGAUUAGCAAUUAUAAAAUAUAUUUACAUAUCGAUAUAUAUUUUUGUAAUAUUUCUUUUUGUAUAUUGUAUUUUGUAUUGUAUUACUAUAAAUAUAUAAAUUAUAGAUUUAA